AUGACAUCCAACAAUCACAACGGGGGCCACCAAUUUAUGGCUACCCAAAAAGAACACAUAGUUCUUUCCCUCUCGCAUAACCAUACUCAUUCGGCUGAUGCCACAUCAUCAGGUCCUAAUCGAAAGGACGCAUCUCCCGAGAAGUCAUGGAAGCCGAAGCUUGAUCGCCAACAGAGCUGGAGCAACGAGGAUCGCAAACAUCAACUGCAAGAACGAUUACUCGGCUCUGAAAAGGGAAAGGAGACGGGAUUCACCGAAGCACAUAGUGGGGAUUAG